ACCUACAAAAAAAAUUGUGUGAAGUUUAUUUUACAUUUUAAUAGGAAAUUAUUAUUUAUUUCAAACUGUUUCUCGAUUUUGUUUCAUAUGGUGAUGAGAACACAACAUAGGAAUGUUAUCACAGAAUCAAACAUUUUAAUAAACUAUUAUUACUAUAUCUUAUCUGAUUACAUUCUUGUGUCACUUGAUAUUUUAUUAACUAAAAUAUUUAAUCAACAUCAACUAUUUUAAGAUCGCAUCAUCGCGGUCUGAUAUCUAUCGGAAAUUCCUAAUAGUCCAAAUAUAGCCAAGAAUUGUUCAAAAGUUAGCCAAAUAAAUUAUUUUAUUAUUUUAAUUUUUCAAGACAUGAGUAUUUAUAUUGAAUUUAUUCAAAAAUCAGUUCACACAGCACAGUAUUUACUUUCCCUCAAAGUCAUUCGUCGAGCCAAACCUAUCGACUUACCUCUACUCUAGCCCCCAUCUGAUUAAGUCCUACAGCGAGCUGUACUUUCUCCAAGUCCUCACUAUGUGUUGUGUUCCGCAGGUGCUGUGUGGUGCAGUGGCGGACGCGGGCGACGUGAUAGCCAACGUGAGCCGCGUGCGCCGCGCGCCCCAACCUCACUACUCGCACCGCGUGUUGACGGACGAGGAGCUGGACAUGACCGCGGCGUGGAAGCGCUCCCACUGGCGCGACAUGCAGUCCAUACUGCGGCGCGAGGGCAACCAGAAGGAGGGCGUGCAGUGCUGCCCGUCCGUGCUGGAGAUGGUCACCAAGAAGGGCGGGCGCACGCCCACCGGGCUGUACGUGGAGCUGUACGAGGACGGCGAGAACCAGCAGCGCCUGUUCGAGGUGUCGUGCGCGCCCAACGUGGUGGACAAGCCGUGCCGCUUCGUGGACGCGCGCCUCUACAACGAGUCGCGCUGCAUCCAGAAGUACUCGUACUCGUACGCCCUCGUGCGCUACCUGCACUCCGCCGCCACGGAGACGCCGCAGCCGCGGACCGAGGGACACUUCUCCGUGCCCGGCUCCGGCGGCUGGUCCAUGGACUAUGUGAGAGUGCGCGCCGGUUGUGAGUGCCAAAUAAAACCCAAAACAAAUAAACCCGCCCGCAGAAGACACAAGCAGAGAAAGAGAAAUAGGAGGGUAGUGGAAAACGACGAGACCUGAUUUCGGGCUCAGUGCUAGUGAAAUCGUGACUUUGAACAAAUUUGGGAUCGUCCCAUAGUAUUACGUUUACAAGGAUACCUUUUCUGUUGUUUUCUGGUCGGCCGGGAGCCGCGCGCCGCCGGGGGCUGUCCUCGCCCGUCUCGAGCGCGCGCUUGUUGCUGCUGCCGCUGGUCGAUGUAUCAAUGUAUUUAUUUUAUUUUUUCGUCUAUAUUACGCUUCUUGUUGUAGUCCGUUAGUUAGUCUCGAUCUUAUGAAAUUAAAGUGCCUUUUUGUGCCUUAGAUUUAAAUAGUUCACUAUAUUCUGGGAAUUGUUGAAAUUUUGAAUUCCAAUGCGUUAUCUGUAUAUGCUAUAAGAAUUAAAAGCAAAUAUCACACGAGUAAUAACAUAAACAUCUCUAUCAUUUGAUUCAUGAUUGUAAGAAUCUUUCACCGAUUGAAACAAACAGAAAAACCCCUUUUUUGUCCUAAAAUGCUGUCAAUUUUCAUACAAUCCAGUAAUUCUGUUUAUUACAUCGUGUGACAUGAGCUUCAUAUCAGUAUAUUGUAACAGUUACCGGUUGAUCGAGGUGCAUAGAGUUAUAAAGACUUCACCGCGCCUGUCGCACGUCGCUACACUUUCAGUAAAGUUGCAACCAUAGACAACCAUGUACUGCGUGAUGCAUGCCUAUUACUCCGCUCUAACUAAAAACACUAUACUCUCGUAUACCCAAAUGUUCAUAAACCGUUCGUAAACCGCUUUAUUUUGUGUAAUACUGGUUUUCAAUUAAAUCUGCAACGUGAAUUGGUCUAUUUGGAAUCCUAUUUGAAAAUGCCUUCCUCAAUAACAAAGCUUGGGCAAAUUUUAAUGUUUGCUUCUAAUAUUCGUUCUCGGCUUGUAUUUCGCAGUACGUUGGUGUUUCUAAAAGUGUCCUUAAAGAGCAGUCUGUGAUCACUUCUUAACAAAUUCAGUCGUAGUGAAGUCAGCGAUACUUCUUCUGUGAAACACCCUAUAUCUAAUAAUUUCUGUAUUCCAACUGUCAAACACAAGAAUCUUAUAACAUUACUCAAUCACAAUCGUAGCUGGAAAAUAACUUUAAACUCCAAGCAAUGUUUUGUUAAUAAAAUAAAUUUUAUUAUCCUAUGAAAGCGUCAUUAAAAAUGUUUUGACACAUUAUGAACAUAAUUUUUUGUUUUGCCCUAUUUAGUGUGUUCAUGUUUUAAUGCGAAAUUGAAUCCGUCUCCAACAGUUGUUUCACUUGAAGAAGGUCGCUAGGUAAAGUCGUUCCACUGAUUAUAAUGCUCUCUUCCCUUUUAAAAUUAAGAAUAUUUAUUCAAAGUUAACAAUUUAUAAUUUUUGUUAUUAUUUGUAACAGUACUUACUUCUUAGACAUAAGUGCGUCGAGUCAAAGAUCUGUAUUAUUUUCUAUUUUGUAAUACUUUUAUUGUAUUUAAAAAUGUAGUUAUUUUAAGGAUUAAUUUCAUUCUAUUUAUACUGUUUAAUACGAGGUAUUCCGAUAUACAGUAUGAAUGUUAGUUUGUACGUAGAAAUCGCUUCCAUAAAAUAUAAUUGAUGUAUAUAAAUAACGCAAUAGUAUUGUGGACUGAGAUUAUUUUGUGCAUUUAGAUGUGUAAUAACAGAAUGAGAGAAUAUUUUUAUAAUUAAGAUAACGCUAUCCAUCGACAAUAAAAUCUUACACCUUAUUUUACUUGUAGCGCCAUCUGUUGACGAAAAGCAACAAAUAAAAAGUUUUUUGCAUAUCUACCAGAUGUCGCUGUAAUCACCUAACCUGUCUAGCAUUACGCAGAACAGUGCCAUGUUUAAUUAAUUAUAAUUAUAUAUAAGCCAAUGAAACCUAAUUUAUUGGUCAGCUAAAUAUAUAGAAAAGUUUGUUAAAUGCAUGAUAUAGUUCUAUUAGCCGUUGACAUCCAAUGUACUUACCAUCACAAUUCCUAUGUAAAACGAAUUAAAGUUGAAAAUAAUAAUGACCCAAGUGUUUAUGUAUAGUUACAUAAUUGCUUUAACACUCUCAAAUAAUUACAACGUUCCACCAUCACAACAGCUAUAAUUAUAUUAUUUUAUUGUUGACAUCAAAAACAAAA